AUGUUUCACCUUGCGCUGUCGCUAUACACUCAAUACAGCAGAAGAGAGCAGUACAACGUGCUUAUCUUGGGGCUUGACAAUGCCGGCAAAACAACGUUUCUCGAACACAUUAAGCUCCUAUACCCAUCUCCCAAUGAGAGUCUGGCGCAACAGAACAAGCGCAAUGCUAGUGCUGGCUCGAGCUUGACGCGAAAUUUGCAGCAGCCAGACAACUCUCUGAGCUCUAGCAAGAAGGAAGCUGCUGAUACGGUGAAAAUCCUAAAGGGAAAGCGGGUGUUGCCUACAGUGGGUCAGAAUACAACCACCGUACGUUACAAGCCUAGUGAAGGCGCUACGGGGACAGCUGCCAGUCUAAAGAACAUUAACUUGAAAUUCUGGGAUUUGGGUGGCCAACGGUCUCUUCGAAGCAUGUGGUCGAGGUACUAUCGCUCGUGCCACGGCAUUAUAUUUAUCAUUGACUCUACAGAUACAGAUCGGUUCUCUGAGUGCUACGAAACGCUCAUGGAGAUAGCAAACGAUUCGCUGUGGAAAGUGGAUGGAGGCGACAGUGUCAAUGUGCCCAUUCUCAUGCUAGCGAACAAACAGGACUUGCCGCAGGCGGUAGACUUGAUUUCUUUGAAGACAGGGGUGUUCAUAGAAGUGGUGAGUCAGUUGGAGGCCACAGACUCGAAAUUACUUCCUGUAUCUGUGCUAGAGAACCAGGGUAUACGAGAGAGCUUGGAGUGGUUGGUGACGAGACUCGUGUACAACAAGGGAAACAAGAAACCCGAGUACAGGUAA